CCUCCCCUCUUUUUCAACCACCAACGAGCACAAAUCUGCCGCCAAUCCCACCAGAUUUCAUCAUUCAACCGAAAGCUCGUUGUCUCGACAUCGAAUAAUCAGUCAAGAUGGUUCUCGCCGUUGAUCUCCUCAACCCCAGCCCGGCUUCCGAGGCCCGCAAGCACAAGCUCAAGACCCUUGUGCCUGCCCCCCGCUCCUUCUUCAUGGACGUCAAGUGCCCCGGCUGCUUCACCAUCACCACUGUCUUCUCCCACGCCCAGACCGUCGUCAUCUGCCAGGGCUGCACCACUGUCCUUUGCCAGCCCACCGGUGGUAAGGCUCGCCUCACCGAGGGCUGCUCUUUCCGCCGCAAGUAGACGGAUCGAGGGUCGGUUCUUUUCUUCAGCAUAACGGCGUGGUAAUGGGGACAUCUUGGUAUCUGCAAGGCUUCUGCCAGUCGGGCGCAUAGAAAUAUCAUACUCGAUCGUCAAUCAAUCUCGUUGCGGACAGAAGAUGGAUUCGCCAGAAGAUGUACCUCGCGCGCACAACAAAAUUGGGAGGGCGUUUAGGGGUCCGGAUAUCUUGCAUCAUCCUCGUCUUUCUCGAUCUUUGCGCGCGUUUUCUGCUGGUGUCUUGACGUGCAGGCCGGUUAGCCUGCUUGGGUGGAUAGUCGGAAAAGGCACAUGUUUUAUGAUUGCCCCGACUUACGUGCCAUGGGCGGAUGGCAUUUGACAAGCCGCGAUGCGGAUUGCUUUGGUUGUUUCCAUACCUAGCGCAGUGGACAGGCUAUGGGGAGGACACUGCUCCGGUACGAAUCUACGAGAAUCCACGACACGUGUCCUACCAUUUCCUGUUGUGAUGUAUUGUGAUAUCUCUGUUUUAAGCCGGUGUAUGUCCCGCUUAUGCCUCCCAUGUUGUCUUUGACGAAAUAAUGUGUAGAUGUAUAGGGUCAAAUAGCGGUCUGGAAAGUAGGUUGGGGAGGUGUUUAUAGUGAUGUCUCUACUAGAGUUGUGAAUUACGACAACAAU